AUGACAGAAGCCUUCAUCCACGACGUCCUCAUCAUCGGCGCCGGCCCCUGCGGCCUGGCCGUAGCCUCCCGCUUAUGUGAACACUCCCCCUCAGCCCUCUUCACAGACGAAGAGCACCAGCGGUAUCACUGGAUCCGCAAGUACGGCCGCCGCAUGCCCCUAAAGAACAGGCGGAACGGCAACAUCAUCGAGAAGAGAACACCGGAACGGAGCCAGCGGUACUCGACACUAGUCCUAGAUGCCACGGGUGAAGAGUGGAUGAACCGCUGGAACCGCCUCUUCAAGACGUUCGACAUCACUCACCUCCGCAGUCCCAUGUUCUUCCACGUCGACCCGAGCGAUCGCGAUGCCUUGCUUGCCAGAGCUCACGAGCGGAACCAGGAGAACGAACUCCAAGAGCUGCGGGCGUGCGUCGGAAAGGAGAUUAGCAAGCACCUGCGCAAGGCGAGACUCAAGUCACGGAACCCAAAACAACACGCCGUUGUCGAAGUCGACGAACGAGACCGCAAAGAUUACUUCACGCCCCCCACAAAACUCUUCGCCAACCACUGCGAAUGCAUCAUCGACCGCUACGGUCUUCGCGAAGGCCUGAUCCAAAACGAAAAGGUGCAAGAUAUCCAGUACCGCCCCAUCAAGCAAGUCUCUCCGGACGCGAACCUCUUUGCUGUCCAGACAAACAAGGGAACACACUAUGCGAGAAUAGUCGUCCUGGCCGUCGGCCCAGCCAACGCACCCACGAUCCCUCCCGUCCUGGGCCUCAACAGCGAGCCGAACUGCUCGGCACCGCCCCAAGUCUGCCACAGCAUGCAGAUUCAAAAGUUCCCCGACCCGGUCGUCCAGGCCAAGAUUUCCGCAAAGAAGACGACAAACGUCCUCGUCGUAGGCGGUGGACUUACAUCAGCGCAGUUGUCUGACCUGGCUAUCCGGCGCGGCGUGACGAAAGUCUGGCACCUCAUGCGCGGCCCUUGCAAAGUGAAGCCAUUCGAUAUUGACCUCGCAUGGAUGGGCAAGUUCCGCAACGUGGAGCAGGCGUACUUUUGGUCCGCUGAUUCAGACGAGGAGCGGCUACAGCAGAUCCAGAGCGCCAGGGGCGGAGGCAGCAUCACGCCGCCGUACCAGAAGCGGCUGAAGCAGCAUAUCGCCCGUGGCAGCCUGCGUCUUUUGACGAAAACUAGGCUCUCUGAGGCGCACUUUGACGAGGAGAAGAAGGUGUGGAACGUGAAGACGGAGCCGCCGGCUGCUGAAAGGGACUUGCCGGGUAUGGAUUUCAUAUACUUCGCGACAGGCGUGCAGACGGACUAUGCUAGCUUGCCGUACUUGCAGACGAUGCUGCGGGAGCAUCCUAUCCACGGCCACGGGGGCUUGCCGUGCAUAGACGAUGACUUGAAGUGGUCAAAGGAUGUGCCGCUCUUCUUGUCAGGACGACUUGCUGCGCUACGUCUGGGACCCGGAGCUGCUAAUCUUGCGGGUGCGCGAGCCGGCGCCGAGAGGAUCGCGUGGGCUAUCGAGGACGUGCUUCCGGAUCGGACUGGUGGUGUUCCGGGGGAGUCCGUUAUGAGUGAUGAGAAGAUGAGGUUUGUGACGGGUAGGGGAAAUAGGUUUGAUAGCCUGGUGACUGCGGGCGAUGGUGAUUGGUAG